GAGUUCGGUUGUCAAACAUAUCUUUAUCGGUGUAUGCCCGCCGUGCUCAGCAAAAAAAUAAAUUUACAAUUUAAUGAAAAACUAUUAAUUAUAGGUUGUAAAUCUAUUCUAAAUUACUUUUUAAACAUAAUAAAGUGUCCAAAGUUGUACAAUUCACAUCAAUAUUUACAUUUUGUAGACAUUUAAUAUCCAUCGAAAUGUCUCAAAGUCCAAAUGAUAUCGAUAUGGCAGUCUAUCCAAACACCCCAGAUGACAUCCCUCCAUCCUUCAUAGCCUUAAAUGAAAACACCUUAGAAUUAGGAUCAUAUAAAAAUCUAUGGUUUGAAAAACCAUUCAAAUUAAUGCUCAACCUUGUUAAACAACAUCUUCCAAAUAUUGAAAAUACUCCAGUAAAUAUUGAAGAGAAAAGAAAAUUAUGGAAAUUUAUUAAGGAACAACUAGAUGCAGCUGGUUAUCAUUUUAGUAUUUUACAAAUUCAAAAGAAAUAUCAAUCGAUUGAGAAAUAUUAUAGAAAAAUUCCAAAGGAUCAACCAAUAAUUUCAAUUGGUGGAUACUACCCAGAGCCAGAAAAAGAAACCAAUACACAAAAUACAAAACAACCAAGGGGUAGCAAAAAUUCGACUACCAAACCGGAUGAUAAAUAUGCCGAAAUGAACGAUCUUCUCGAAUCAUGGGGUCUAUCUGAACUCAAAUCCAAGUUUAAAGCAAACUAUAUAGUUCUCCAAGCCUUGGAAUACCUUACCGAAGCCGAUAUCAUAGAAUUAAUUCCAAAAAUCGGUCAACGGGCUAUAUUUCGAGGUAAAUUAAAUCAAUGGCGACAGGAAAAAUCAUCCUCAGCAUCAACAACAUCACCAUCAACAUCAACAGCACCACCACCAACUCCUGCCGUUCCCCAAAUAAAUGUACCAGAGCCAAAAAAAAUUAAAAUUGAACCUGGGCUUGAGGUGAAAUCUAUGGCGCAGUUGCAACAACCGUUUGAGGUGAAAUCUAUGGCGCAAUUACAACAACCGUUUGAGCCACAGAUGCCACCACUACUACCAAUGCCAUCAUUACAACCAAAUGGGGCGCCUAAAAUCAACCCAAGCCUACCUAUGGUCACUCCAAGACCCAGAGCCAGGAGAAUUAAUAAGAAAAAUAAUAUCCAAAAUAAUAACCAAAAUAAUAACCAAAAUAAUAACCAAAAUAAUAACCAAAAUAAUACUCCUACCAUUCAGUCAAGGGUACAACAAUUUUUUAUUGGCUCCUCAUCACCGCCAACAACAACAACUACAGCAACACCAACAUCAACAGGAACUGGAAUUGGAACUGGUAUUUGUCGUCUCCCAAUUCCACCUUCUCCCAAUCAUCCUUCGAAUGGUCCCCGAUUGACUCUAGUCAAUCCUAUUAGUUCCCCCUCGAUGUUUUACAAUAUUCCAUCACAACUUGAAUGCCGACGUUUUCCAAACACCAUCAUCCGAUCUGUAGGCCCUGCUCCUACUCCUACUCUUCCAACUACCCAAGUUCAUUCACCAGUUCCAACAACUCCAAUUCAAGUUAUUAAAUCAGACAAUUUAAGUACUACACCGAAUACUAUGCAAUUUCGUGUGCCAACGAGUGAACCAAACUUUAAUGCUGAUCUUACACCAUUUGCUACAUCUAUUAUCCGAGUCGAAACUAAUUGUGAAACACAAUAUCCAAGCAAGGGAUCACCAUCACCACAAAAUCCAAUAACAAAGUUAAAGAGGACUACAAUUAUUCAAAAGCUCAAGGCUGAUAAUAAGAUUUCACCUACACAACAAGGACCAAGGGUGUCAAAACCUUUAAUAAUGCCCAAACCACUACUAAAACUUCAGAAAGCACCUACGAGAGUUGCUAAAGCUGCUCCGGUUGUUUCGAAAUCUAUAGAAGUACCAAAACCAAAACCGUUUUUAAUUCCAAAAAUUGAACCACUCGAUGAAGAAGAGCACAAAGAUGAAGAUAAAGAAACAAUGGAUUGGAAUGAUUUUUGUGAAGCUCGUAAAAAAUCGGGAAAACUUCCUUCCGUGGAUAUACAACCAGAACCAGAACCGGAGCCAGAGCCGGAGCCGGAGCCACAACCCGAACCAGAACAAGAAGAAUUAGAAUUUGAUCCAGAAUCAAAUCCAGAAGUUGAAGAGUUUACAUUGGCAGAUGCUGUCGAGAUACCAGAUCAUAUCAAAGAUGAACUCUUGGACUCUGACACUAAUUCUCAUUCGGAUCAUGAUCAAGAUAAAGCUGAUGGCAUUGACAAGCAUGAACUUUUGAAGGAAAUGCCAUCUCCUAAAGAUUCACAAGAUUCUCUUGAUACUCAAUAUACCCAAGAUACCCAGGAUUCCAAGGGAGAUCUCCAAAGACUUGACAUUCGAAAAAUUUUAAUGACCAGCAAGUCUGGCCGUCAAGUGAUUAAGCGAUAUGUUGCUGAAGAGAUUUUAGAUAACCCGAGAAGGAAACUUCUUACUGACACAAUCGCUCAGUAUUGUUUUGAUAAUAAAAUUCAUAUCACACCGACUUUCUGUAAGGACAUUGCUGAGGAGAUUAUUGAAAUUUUCCCAAAUGAACGAAUGGAGGAUUAUUUCGUACGAAAGGGUAAAAAACUACGACCACCAAUAUAUGUCAAAUUCCAUGCUAUUCGAAGGGAAUUUAGUCGCCAAAAAGCUGCAGAAGUAGCAGAAACAUAUUUAGCAAAUAAAUCAACAAACUCAAAAAAUAAAGAAAGUAAAAGAAAAUCAUCAUCAGCAUCAUCAUCAUCAUCGAAAAAAGAAAAAGAAAUGGAAUAUGAUGAUGAUGAUAAUUUAAUAAUAAGUUAGAUUUCUAUUUCAUUUUUGUGAUUUGUUGUUAAUGCGAUAUUCAUUAUUAUAGUAUGUAUUUAAUCAUUUAGAAAUACUUUUUUCACAUAAUAUGUAAGAUGUACAUUAUUUUUUAAACUAUUGAAUUCAUUUUAAGAAAUAAUUUUU